AUGAUGGCCGAGAUGGUCGGCACUGUGGCGCCUGGUCGACGUGGGUCGUCGCCGACGGCCGAUGACGCCGAUCACGUGCAACGGAAGACGGCCGACAAGCAGGACCUGAAGAGGACGGGCGACGGAGACGACAAGGAGAGCGCGAAGGGCGACGCGAAGCGGAGCAAGGGAUCGAACAGGAGCCGCGGCUCGAAGCCUGCGCCACAGAGCGUGGUCGACCAGUUGAAGACGAAGGCGGGGUGGAGGGUGAUAAGGACGUCGAGCACCAAGGGUGGCGGAAGCGGGACGGCAGAGGGUGGCCCUGCCGAUGGGGCUGCCGCUAACGUCACCGCUCAGCCAGGCCCGCCUUUGAUUGCCGAGAAGACCCAUCCUCAGGCGAGCGGUGGGAAAGUCGUGACCGACAAGGAGGUCCCAACUGCUCAGGCGGCGGAAGAUGGCGGCGCCGGAACCACCAAGGGACCGUCCGUCGCUGUGGCGGCCAAGGGCAAGACGAAGGCUGCAUCUGCUACGGUCGUCGGCACCACCAAGUGCCCUCCCAGUAACCCCCCUGCGGCUACCAGCGCACCUGCCGGCCAGUCAGGUGCGACCAAAGAUGGGGAGGCCUGUGCGGCCCCUCCAGCUCCAGGAGCCCCGGCUGCCGUCAAGGGCGGCGCGAAGGCUGCUUCGGCUAAGGGCGCUACUCCGACAUCAGCUAAGGGGCCCCCCGGUGCUGACACGCUCAGGGAGAUGCUCCGCCGCAUGGAGGCACAUAGCAGGGACGUGCAGCAGCAUCCCGUGGUCGACGCCGGCCUUGCCGGAACAGCACGUUGCUCCGUCACUCCGCAGGUUGCCGGCACAUCGUCCGGGGCCCCACCUGCAGCGCAUCCGGUCGCCGCCCCAGCGUCUCACGCCCCUGCUCUGGCCAUCAUGGACACGGCGCAUGUGGGGCCGUCGGCGACCCACGGUGGGGGAUCGGCAGAGCCGACGGCUGCAACGGGUGCUGUCGCCAAGAGUAAUGCAGGAGGGAAGGGGAAGGUCGACACCGAGAAAGGGAGCGCGGUCUCUCAGAGGAGCACGAGGGCGAUGUCGACGGGGAAGGAGAUGUCGGAAGAGAAAGGGAAGAAGGCGGAAGGGAGUCAGGACAAGAAGGGCGGCAAGAGUAAGCCGGCGAAGAAGAAGGAGAAGGCGGAGGAGGAUGACGAGGAGGGCGGCGAGGGAGAUAAAGAACCCAGGGGGCAUGGCAUCCGCCAAGACAGGUCCGGCGACGGGCAUGGGAGGGUGGGCGAGAUUAAGGUAAACGGACGGAAUCGAUACAUCGGCAAGUCGAGGGAGAAGAUGGAGCUGGCCUACGAGCACGCGAUUGCGUACGUCGUCUACGACGGCUACGUGAGCAAGGUGCUCAUGAAGGAGCUCACCGUCUUGAAGCCGGGGGAGUUGGAGAAAUGGAAGGAGGUGUGGGAGGAGGUCAAGUUCUUACCGACUGGGUUGUGGACGAUGAUGUGGGCCAGAGGCUUGUGCCAUCCGAGAGCAAGGAUCGACAACAUACUCGGCAGGUACCGUGGGUACGCGAGGUCGGGUGAUGCGCUUCAUGGGGUGCUGUGGCCGGCGAUCUGGUUCCCCAUCAUUGAAAACACGGAGGAAGGCAAGGAGGAGACGGAGGCUCUCAUGUCGGCGAUGGUAAAUCGCGUGUCGAUGUGCGCGGCGUAUGGGAAAGUCGCGGCGAGCGCGGCGUUUGGGAAGGUCGACGCGAGCGUAGAAGGGAAUGCGGGAGAGAGGACGGAGAUGGCGGCCCAGGCGUUAGCGGCAUCUAGCAUGCGCCCUCUGGUGCUUCGUGGAGACGGGAGCAUCGUUGCUCGGUGCUGUGGGCGAAGGGAAGGCGGCGGCGAUGGUGGCAGGUGCGGAGGAGGAGAGGGCCGAGGCAUUCAAGAAGGUGAUGCACGCGGUGAUCGACUUAGCACGCAGUCGGGAGGCUCCCACGGGGGAGGUUGCCCAUAA